AUGGCUGAUUCUGCAGAUUCAUCAGAAGCUGUUGCUAACUCAGAGUUGUUGGAAUGGCCUAAGAAAGAUAAACGCCGAUUGCUUCAUGCUGUAUAUCGUGUUGGUGAUCUUGACCGCACCAUCAAGUUCUGUACUGAAGCUUUGGGGAUGAAGCUGUUGAGGAAAAGGGAUGUCCCGGAAGAUAAAUAUUCACAUGUAUUUCUUGGUUUUGGCCCUGAAGAAUCUCAUUUUGCACUCGAGUUUAUACACUAUUAUGGAGUAACUUCAUAUGAAGUUGGAACUGAUUUUGGCCAUUUUGCGAUUGCAACUCCAGAUAUCUCCAAACUGGUAGAAAAUAUUCGAGCCAACGGUGGAAUUAUCGAGAAGGAACCAAUUUCAGUUGAAUUUGAAGGUAUGAAGCUUAAGCUUGGCUUUGUGAAGGAUCCUGAUGGUUGCACCUAUGAGCUUAUUCAAAGGGAAGAUCCAAAUACUCCUGAACCACUCUGCCAAGUUAUGCUUUGUGUGGAAGAUCUUGAUCGUUCCAUCAACUUCUAUGAAAAGGCCUUGGGGAUGAAACAAUUGAGAAGGGUUGCUUGGCCAGAAUACAAGUUCGCAAUUGCUUUUAUGGCCUAUGGAGAUAAUGAAGAUGAGACAACAAUUAUAGAACUGACUUAUCAGUAUGGUACCGUCAAACACACCAAGGGAAAUGCAUACUCACAAGUUGCUAUUAGCACGGAGGAUGUGAUUAAAAGUGGUGAGGCUGCAAAGCUGCUUAUGGAGGAGCUUGGUGGAAAGAUACUUCCUGAAAUAACAAACACCAAGAUUACCUCUUUUGUCGAUCCAGAUGGCUGGAAAUUUGUGUUGGUUGACAAUGAAUAUUUCCUCAAGGAGUUGCAAUCAGGAAGAGUAAUUGAAUAA